AUGAAUUUGCAGUCAACCCUUCUUUAAAAUCAAUUAUAAAAUAAAGUAGCUGGAGAUAUUCGAAUUUUUUAGAAUUAUGAUUUUACUUAAUUUAAUGAAAGAAUAAAUAUAUAAUAACAAUUAUUUAUAUUUAAAUGCUUUGAGCAAAUCAAAAAGCCAGAUAAUAUUUUAAUUUAUGGAUCAAAAAUAAAGUUAUGCAAGAAGAGAUAAACUGAAUCUAUUGAAUAACAAAUCUAAGAACAGUUAGUAGUUUAAUAAUCCUUCAAUUCUAAUCCAGAUGAUAGAAAGUAAUUUUUCCUAACUUUUCCAUUCCCUUAUGAUUGAAAUAUAUAUUAAUAUAUUUCUAGGCUUAUGGUAGAUUGCAUUUAAGGCAUGUCUUUUCUUAGAGCAAAUGCGAUUUCAUUGCAAGAUUUAAGAGAUUUUAAGGUUAAAACGUACUUUUGCCAUUUGCAUUUCUUUGCACAACAAGUGAUGCUGCUAAAAAACCAUAACGUGAUUUGGAUAUAUUGGUAAAUUUAGAAUUAAUUUUAGUAAAAAGGAGGUAAAUUACCAAAUAGAAGUUAAUACUAAUCCUUACUUUAAGUGGGUAUUAAAUAAGAAGAGAUACCUAAGUUUACUGAUCCAUAUUAUUGGAUUCGUUUUUUCCCAUCUCUUGUCAAAGAAGAUUUGAUAUCUUUUGGAUGCUCUGUAGAUUGGAGAAGAAGCUUUAUUACAACUGAUGAAAAUCUAUAUUUUAAUUCAUUUAUUGAAUGGCAUUUAACCAAAUUGAAGGAGGCAGGAUAUAUAAAAUUUGGAAAAAAACCAUCAAUUUGUAGUACAUCAGAUAAUUAAUUAUGUGUUGAUUUUGAUAGAGGAGAAGGAGCAGGCAACCAAUAGGAAUAUACAUUAAUUAAGUAAAGGGUAUUAAAACCAGAAUUUAUAAAUUCUUUAACAAAGAAAAAUGUAUUUUUAGUUAGUGCAACUUUGAGCCCAUAAACAUUGUAUGGUUAAACUAAUUUAUUUGUAUUGCCUGAGGUGAAUAUGGAGUAUUCGAAAUGA